ACUCGGGAGCGCGACCAGCCGAGGGAUCGAUCGGAUUAAACUCGAUUUGAGUGAAAUUAACACAAAGGAGAGAAGAGCAACGCACACUAGUCGGCGAGGUCGCAGAUGCGAGACACGCCGGAGAAACAUUUCAUGAAUAAGAAACUUGAACUUUUUUUUUCUCUGUUUAUUUAUAUUUCAAACGAGGAAAAGGAACCACGGUGGAUUUUUUUUUUUGUCCGACCAAGCGGAGAUACUAACGAGGAGUUGAUUUGAUAAAAACCCGAAGUGACCGAGCUUGUUGGGAACCUUAAUGAGGACCAUGGAGUAGCAAGCUUCAAAUUAGCAGUUAGCUGAUUAGCUCCUCACUGCACAACACAUAACUCCAUCUGCGGGCCCCCCAUCCAGCCAUGGCGGACCCAGGGAUGUUGAGCUUAUUCGGGGACGAUGCAGGGCUGUUCUCAGAUGGAUUGGAUGGUUUAGGGGACUGCUUCCCGCAGCAACCUGCCUCCGCCCAGUCCAACCCUUUAGCCCAGCAGACUAAUCCCUCUCUGAACCAUGAGCACCAAGGAAACAGAGGCUACCACCAGGGGAUGAUCCACGGCGCUGGGCCCGGUCCCGGGCAGCCUAAAUUGGGGCCAAUGUAUGACCAUGGUCCCUACACAGGCUACGAUCAACCUGGUGCCCCCGGAGCACGAAUGAUGGCCCAGAACGGUCCCAGCCAGGGGCCACCAAACGUAAACACGGCUAUGAAUGGCAUGGCCUCCCACUACCAUAAUAACCCAGCUAACUCUAGCAACCCCCACCAUGGGUACCCGGGUGAUGCUGGGGGAGGAGGAGGUGGGGCUGGUGUUUGGGGCCAGCAGCAACAACAGCAGCAGCAGCAGCAGACCAGAUCAGCUUAUCAGCAGCCUUCGACACAACCAGGGGGCGCCCCAAACCAGAUGGGAGCCUACCAGAUGUCUCAAGGCAACUAUGGUGCGAUUCAAGGCCCACCUACACCCGGUGCAGCUCGCAUGAACCAACACUACCCUUCGCAGAGCCUGGUACCCCCUCCUGCGCAGGACCCAUCUCACUACCUGGGACAUGUUGGAAUGGGUGGGGCUCAGAUGAGAAACCCCCAGCCCCAGCCACAACCCCAGGGUUAUCCCAACAUGGGCCACACACCCCGAUACCCACACUCUCCCUCCCGACAGCCUCCACAACCCCACCAGCACCAACAGGGCAUGGGAGGGUUUGGGGGUGCCCAGUACCCUGGCUAUCAGGCUCAGUAUGGAGCCAUGGGACCUGGGAUGGGCCAGACUGCCAAUGCGAAUGUCAAUGCUAACACAAGCCAGAGCUUAGGACCAGGGCAGCUCGGUCAGAGGUUUAACCAGGGAUCAGCCCCAGCGGCUGGGCAACAGGGGCAGCGAUACCCCCCUGGACCAUCGCACCAACCCCAGCCCCAUCCGAACCAUUCUGCCCCAAUGCAGCAGCAACAGGCAGGGCAGCAGGGCCAGCCUAUGCACCCCCAACACCCCCAGAGUCUUCCCCAGACCCAAAACCAGCCGCAAUCCCACCUUGCCCCCCCAGCUCAGGGAACUUACCCCUCCCCGUCUUCCAUGUCCCCCAUGCGGGUUUUGGGAACCCCAACACCUCCUCCCCAGCAAGGCAGACCCCCAAGCGCAGGGUUAGCCGGAGCCCCGGAGGUUGCAGGGUACACGGCCCUGCAGUCUCAACCCAAUGCUAUGGCCCAGAGAACUCCCCAAAUCCCUCUUUCUGCCCCACACCCCCAACACCAGCAGCCCCUCAACAUGCCCCCCAGUUCAGGGCCGAUGUAUCCAGGCAUGGGGCCGCAGCGUGGUCCACAAAUGGGGCCAAACAGGCCUCAGCUACAGCAAGGGCCUCUUGAAGCUCCAGUCAGCCAGGGGGGAGACCAGCGUCUGCUCCAGGCCCCCCGCAGUGGGCAGCCCCUGCAGCCAACUCCAAUGGGUUUCCAGGGUCCGGCGGUGGGCCAGCACGGAGUCCCGGCCCCAAACCAGGGCCUGGCACCAUCUGCCCAGAGCACUCCGGCGCAGCACGCACACAUGCCGCACCACCUGCAGAGCACGCCUACUCCCCCUAACCAGGCCUCCCACCCCUGGGCGCCUCCCGCCUCCCAUCCGCUGUCCUCACCCCCUCUCACCCCACAGAAAGUGCCUCACGUACAGCAUUCCCCCACCGACCCGUCAGGCGACCCCUCAAUGAUGGUUCCCGACAGGCCGAUGGUCGGCGCCGGCGCCCCCGGCCAGCCUAUCAGCACAGAGCAGCCCAGUGACCAGGAGACCAAGCCAAAAAGGAAACGGAAGAAGAAAGCAAAAGUGGCGGCCGGAGAGGAAGAAGAAGGAGGGAAGAAGGCAGCGAGAGAGGAAGCAGCAGGAGGAGAGGAAGACGUCAAGUCUGAAUUUCCCGGAAUAGGAAGUGAUGCGGUUGAACGGGUGACUGGCACAGGAACUGUAGAGGGAAGCUCACCACCGUCGGAGGAGAAGAAAAAGCGGAAAAAGAAACCAAAGGAGAAGGUGGCGGGCAAGGAGGGCAAGGAGCCCAAGACCCCGAAGACACCCAAAACACCCAAGACCCCCAAAGAGCCCAAGGAGCCCAAGGAGUCCAAGGAGAAGAAAACGAAGAGCUCCACGCCCAAGACCAAGACCCCCAAGAAAACCAGCAGUAAAAAGGUUGAGUCUGAGGGCGGGGCUAGCGCUGCUAAGAAGGAUUCAAAGAGGAAGAGAGAGCCGUCAGUCAGCGAAGAAAUGGAGGUGAAGUCUCCACCCCCCUCGCCUCCGGAGGAGGACGACGAUGACGGUGUACAGAAGCGUCGCUCCAGCCGCCAGGUGAAGAGGAAGAGGUACACGGAGGACCCGGAGUUCAAGAUCUCUGAUGACGACAACAGCGGAGACGACUCGCCGGCAUCCAAGUCCCCGUCGUCACAUCAACAGGACGUUGCUGAGGCCGAGGGGCCCGUCGUGGAGAAGAUCAUGGCCAAACGCAUCACAAAGAAGCAGCUGGAGUCGGGGGAGGAAAUGGAGGUGGAGGAGUUCUACGUCAAGUUCAAGGGCUUCUCGUACCUCCACUGUCGCUGGGCAGACCUGGAGGAGCUGGAGAAGGACAAGAGAAUACACCAAAAGGUCAAGAGGUUCCGGGCCAAGCAGCAACUCAACAGCUUCAUCACAGAGAUGGACGACGAGCCUUUUAACCCGGACUACGUGGAGGUGGACCGAGUCCUGGACGUUUCAGAGAGCCCAGAUGAAAACGGAGAGACGGUGACCUUGUAUCUGGUGAAAUGGUGCAGCCUGCCUUACGAAGACUCCACCUGGGAGCUGAAGGCCGACAUCGACCAAUCCAAGAUAGAAGAAUAUGAACGCAUCGCAGCACGCACACCCAACACUACGAAAAAGGAUCGGCCUCCUGUGGCCGACUGGAAAAAGCUGGAGGGCUCCAAGGAUUACAAGAACAGCAACGCACUCAGGGAAUACCAGCUAGAAGGCCUCAACUGGCUAACCUUCAACUGGUACAACUCACGUAACUGUAUCUUGGCGGACGAGAUGGGUCUAGGUAAGACCAUCCAGUCCAUUACAUUCCUCAACGAGAUUUACAUGAAGGGCAUCGAGGGGCCGUUCCUGGUCAUCGCCCCGCUCUCCACCAUCCCCAACUGGGAGAGGGAGUUCAGGACCUGGACCGAGCUCAACGCUGUGGUCUACCACGGCAGCCAGGCCAGCCGCAAGACCAUCCAGGCCUACGAGAUGUACUACAGAGACGCACAGGGUAAGAUAAUAAAGGGAGCGUCGUUCCACGCCUUGAUCACGACCUUCGAGAUGAUUCUGACGGACUGCCCGGAGCUUCGCAGCGUGACAUGGCGCUGCGUGGUGAUCGACGAAGCCCACCGCCUCAAAAACCGCAACUGCAAACUACUGGAAGGACUAAAAAUGAUGGACAUGGAGCACAAAGUUCUGUUGACGGGAACUCCUCUCCAGAACACAGUGGAGGAGCUGUUCAGCUUACUCAACUUCCUGGAGCCCGAGAGAUUCCCGUCCGAGCCGACAUUCAUGAAUGAAUUCGGCGACCUCAAGACCGAAGAACAGGUUCAAAAACUGCAGGCUAUUCUGAAGCCCAUGAUGCUGAGGAGACUGAAGGAGGACGUAGAGAAGAACCUGGCCCCGAAGGAGGAGACCAUCAUCGAGGUUGAGCUGACCAACAUCCAGAAGAAAUACUACCGGGCCAUUCUGGAGAAGAAUUUCUCCUUCCUGUCCAAAGGAGGUGCAGGAGGAGGAGGAGGAGGAGGUGGAGGCGCAGGACCCAACGUCCCGAACCUCCUCAACACCAUGAUGGAGCUGAGGAAAUGCUGCAACCACCCCUACCUCAUUAAUGGAGCGGAGGAGAAGAUCGCUGAGGAUUUCCGGGAAUCCCACGGCGGCAAGGCGGACAUGCCGGACAUGGCCCUCCAAGCCAUGGUCCAAUCCGCCGGCAAGCUGGUGCUCAUAGACAAGCUGCUGCCUAAACUGAAGGCCGGCGGACACAGAGUCCUGGUGUUCAGUCAGAUGGUCCGCUGCCUGGACAUUCUGGAAGACUACCUCAUCCAGAAACGAUAUCCCUACGAACGAAUAGACGGCCGGGUUCGCGGCAACCUGCGUCAGGCGGCCAUCGACCGCUUCUCCAGACCCGACUCGGACCGCUUUGUCUUCCUGCUGUGUACGAGAGCCGGAGGACUCGGCAUCAACCUGACGGCAGCAGACACCUGCAUCAUCUUUGACUCCGACUGGAACCCUCAGAACGACCUGCAGGCCCAGGCCAGGUGCCACCGCAUUGGCCAGUCCAAGGCGGUCAAGAUCUACCGACUGAUCACCAGAAACAGCUACGAGAGGGAGAUGUUCGACAAGGCCAGUCUCAAGCUGGGGCUGGACAAGGCCGUCCUCCAGAGCAUGAGUGGACGAGAAAACGCCAACAGCGGGGUCCAGCAGUUGUCCAAGAAGGAGGUGGAGGACCUGCUGAGAAAGGGAGCGUAUGGGGCUCUGAUGGACGAGGAGGACGAGGGCUCGAAGUUCUGCGAGGAAGACAUCGACCAGAUCCUCCAGAGGAGAACCCACACCAUCACCAUCGAGUCCGAGGGCAAGGGCUCCACCUUCGCCAAGGCCAGUUUCGUCGCAGCGGGUAACCGAACAGACAUUUCUCUGGAGGAUCCGGACUUCUGGCAGAAAUGGGCCAAGAAGGCGGAGCUUGACCUGGACUCCAUGAAUGGACGGAACACGCUGGUGAUUGACACGCCGAGGGUGAGGAAGCAGACGCGGCACUUCAGCAGCGCCAAAGAGGACGAGAUGCUGGAGUUCUCCGAGCUGGAGAGUGACGAGGACGAGCCCAGCAAGCCCUCGUCCAAACCCCGGCGGCCCCAGGACAAAGCCCAGGGGUACCCCCGGUCCGAGUGCUUCAGAGUGGAGAAGAACCUGCUGGUCUACGGGUGGGGCAGGUGGAGCGACAUCCUGUCUCACGGUCGCUUCAAGCGGCCCCUGAAGGAGGCCGACGUGGAGAAGAUCUGCAGGGCCCUGCUGGCCUACUGCCUGCUGCACUACCGCGGAGACGAGAACAUCAAGAGCUUCAUCUGGGACCUGAUCACCCCGAGUGAGGACGGGACCACCAAGACGCUGACCAACCAUUCUGGUCUCUCCACUCCAGUCCCUCGGGGCAGGAAGGGCAAGAAGGGGAAGCCCCAAGCCCCGCCUCCUCAGACGCCACGAGCCGAUUGGCUGGCCAGCUGCAACCCGGACCACUUACUGCAAGAGGAUAGCUACAAGAGACACCUGAAACACCACUGUAACAAGGUGUUGCUGCGGGUGAGGAUGCUGUAUUACCUGCGACAGGAAGUCAUCGGCGACCAGGCCGAUCGCAUCCUGGAAGGAGCUGACUCCAGUGAGCUGGACAUCUGGAUCCCCCAGCCGUUCCACGCCGAGGUCCCGGCCGACUGGUGGGACAGCGAGGCCGAUAAAUCCCUGCUCAUCGGCGUCUACAAACACGGCUAUGAGAAGUACAACUCAAUGCGAGCCGACCCCGCCCUGUGUUUCUUGGAGAGGGUGGGCAUGCCCGACGCCAAGGCCAUCGCCGCUGAGCAGAGGAGCUCCGACAUGAUGGCAGAUGGCAUCGAGGGUGAGGAUGAGGAUCCAGAGUACAAGCCACUGCGGAUGCCUUUCAAGGACGAGAUGGACGACUUCACCAACUCUCCACUGGACGACACCGUAGAAGGUGAAGCCGAAGACAAAUCAGGUGAAAAUGGUCAAGGCAUGGGCGGAGCCUCAAGCUCCAACGAGCGGCUCUACUGGCCGGCGGCAUCGGCCCUCACCGCCCGCCUGCGUCGCCUCAUCACGGCCUACCAGCGCUCCAACCGCAGGGAGCAGCUCCGCCAGGAGGCCCUCAGCCGGCCCGACGGCCGCCGACGGCGGCGCAGGGACUUCCUGCCCGCCAUCGGCAUGGCAACCGACGCCGGGGAAGGAGGGGCAACUUACAUCCAAGACGCAGCAGCGGUGUUCAUGACAGAAGGAAGCCCGUAUCUGGCUAAAGGAGGCGCCUACUUUGCCAAAGGUGGCCAGUUCCUGCCGGAGGCGUCGCCUGUGAUGACCGCCAGCUCGCUGAUGACUGAUGGAGCCAUGUACUACAAGGAGAGACGACAACGGUGGACUCGUCGCGAGGAGGCCGAUUUCUACCGCGUGGUCUCCACAUUCGGUGUCGUCUUUGACACCCAGCGUCAUAAAUUCGACUGGGCACAGUUCAGGGCCUUUGCUCGACUGGACAAGAAAACGGACGAGAGCCUGGAGAAAUAUUACUACUCAUUCAUCGCCAUGUGCAAACGGGUCUGCAGGAUGCAGGUCAAGACUGAAACCGAACUACCGGACCCGACCCUGAUCAUCGACCCCAUCACAGAAGAGCGCGCCUCCCGCACCCUGUACCGCAUCGAGCUGCUCCGGCGCAUCCGGGAGCAGGUCCUCCCCCACCCCCUGCUCUCGGAGCGCCUCAAGCUCUGCCAGCCCUCCCCUGACCUCCCCGAGUGGUGGGAGAGCGGCCACCAUGACCGGGACCUCAUCCUUGGGGCCUCCAAGCACGGCGUGAGCCGGACGGACUACCACAUCUUAAACGACCCCACCUUGGCCUUUCUGGACGCCCACCAGCGCUUCACCGGCCAGCGGGGGGGCGGCGCCUCAGUGGUCCAAGGAGAUAUCACCAAAGCGGGGACGGGAGCGGGGGAGAGCGACCCCUCGCCCCUCCUCACCUCUGCCGAGCUGGCAAGCGCCGCAGCGGCUGCUGAAGUUGCCGUUAAUGCAGUGAAAGAGGAGGGCGAAGGGAAGGAGGUGGAAAUGGAAACAGACAAAGGAGACGCCGGCGACAUUCCACAUAUCAAGACUGAAACUGCUGAUGAACAGAAGGGAAAUGAGGGAGAGGUCGGAGAGGGGAAAGAGGAAAGCGCUGCUUCGCCGAGAAAAGAGGUGAAGGAAGAAGAAGAAGAAGAGGAGGAGGAGCAGACAGCCCAGCCAAAAGUGGAAAAAGAGGAGCAGGUAGAGCAGAAAGAAGAGCAGAGCGGAGAAGGAGAGACGACCUCCAAUCCGGCAGACGACCAAGACAAAGACUUGACAGAAGAGGAGAAGAGCUCGACUCCUGCCGACUCUCUCAGGGACCAGACGGAGACCAGCACCGAGCUCUCAGAGCGCCCAGACUCCCCUCCCAAAGAUCAACCGGGCCACAAGGCUGCUGAGCAGGAGGAGAGGGAGCGCCCAGAGUCUCCUAAAUCUCCAAAGUCAGCCGACACCGAGAAAAGCCCAGAGGAGGAGGAGGAGGAGAGGAUGGAUGAAGAUGACAAAUCUGAGAAAUCCUCUCAGGCUGAAGCGAGCGCUGCGUCUGAGCAGAAGAACUUUGACGAGGAGAGCAUCGCGUCGCUGAGCACGUCGGCCCAGAACGAGACCAGAGACGGGUUCUGCCCCGACGACCUGCCGGAGACCUCGGCGCUGCAGGCCCUACAGGACCGCACCUACGGCUUUUCAUUCUGGCCCAAGGAUCGAGUGAUGAUCAACAGGAUGGAUAACAUCUGUGAUGCCGUCCUGAAGGGCAAGUGGCCCGUCAACAGGCGCCACAUCUUCGACUUCCCAGGCAGCCUGUUGCCGGGGAACGGCUCCGCCGUCGCUGCAGCUGCCGUCGCCACGGUGGCCGAGAGCCCGCUGCACAGGCGGAGCCUCGCCGAGCUGACGAUGGCCGGCAUCCACACACCUUACAGUGGGAGCGAGGAUAAAACACUAUCGCCACAGGUUCAUGAGGACGCUCUGAGCCUGACGGCGCCGCGCCAGAGGAGGAGGAGGAGAAGGAAGAUCGAGAUCGAGGCGGAGAGGGCGGCCAAGAGGCGCAACCUGAUGGAGAUGGUGGCUCAGCUGAGAGAGAGCCACUCAGCCGCCGAGUCCCAGAGCCAGGCGAUAGACCUCACCAAGGGCAUGCACCAUCACCACAAGGCCUCUCCCUCAUUGGCCGGCUUCCCCAGUGCCCUGGUAACUAGCCCCUCCCUCAAAGCCCAGAUGGAGCUGCUUCAGCAAGCCCCUCCCUCUGGACACAGAGCCAAUGGAUCGCUGGAGGCCGACCUGCCCAUCAUGAGGAGGAGGCGGGGCCGCAGGAAAAAUGUUGAAGGCCUGGAGCUGUUGUUCAUGGGCAACAAGAGAGCAGGAGGGGAUGACGGCGAUGGGACAAAGGUCUCAGGUGCGGAGGGGGUUCAGCAUGCUCCCCGGGCCCACAGACCCCGCAGCGUCCCAGAGCAGAGCCCCAGUGCCAGGUCCCUGGCCUCCGGCAGUCUGGAGGAGGAGGAGGCAGCGGUUUCCAACAAAGAGCUGGGAGAGUGGCUGAGGCAGCACCCGACGUACACCAUGGACAUGGCUGGAUUCACACCAAAGAGCGAGGAUUUACUGCCCUCUCAGUUCUCUAAGCCCAAGCAGAAGCGCCACCGCUGUCGAAACCCCAACAAGAUCGACAUCAACACCCUGACGGGAGAAGAGAGGGUGCCUGUAGUCAACCGUCGCAACGGACGCAAGAUGGGCGGGGCCAUGGCUCCACCAAUGAAGGAGCUUCCCAGAUGGUUGCUGGAGAACCCAGAGUAUUCUAUUGCCCCUGAUUGGACAGACAUCGUCAAACAGUCGGGUUUCCUCCCGGAGGCCAUGUUUGACCGCCUAUUGACCGGCCCUGUCAUCAGGGAGGAGGGCGUUCGUCGUCGGGGGCGACGACCAAAAUCUGAGAUCGCCAAGGCAACCGCUGCUGCCCAGGCCCAGGCCCAAGCGGCCCAGGCGUCACUGGCCUCUGCAGCUUCAUCAGGCGGAAUCAACCCUCUGCUGUUGAACAGUCUGUUCGGGGUGGACCUGUCGUCCCUGCAGAGCCUCCAGUCUCUCCAGCUGGCGGCCGGUCUAAUGGCGUUCCCUUCCCACUCUGACCCCAAGCAGGCGGCCGCCAACGCCGCCGCCGCCUCCAUGCUGCCCCUCAUGCUGCCCGGUAUGGGAGGCCUGCCCAACAUGGCCGCUGCCCUCCCCAACAUGUUCAGCCUAGGCGGCCUGUUCGGGGGCAACCUGGCCGCCGCAGCCGCCGCCGCCGCUGCCACGUCAAACUCCUUCGCCGCCACAUCGCGGAAUACCAACGGAACAACGGAGGGCGAGGGAGGAGACAGCGACGAGACGUCGAGGAGGAAGAGGGAUGAAGAGGGAGAGGACUAUGACGAAGGGGGAGAAGACGAGGAGGAAGAGGCUGAGGGUAAUGAGGAAGGAGUGAAGAAGGCGAGGAGGAAGGAGAAAGAGGGCAAAGGAAGGGCAGGAAAAUCCGUCAGUGACUCCAGCGGAGCCGCUCGAAUCCCAGCCGCCGAUUCGUCAGCCGAGGCAUGCAUCAACGGCGACGCGGCAGCACUGCUGGCCGCAGCCGGCAUGUCAGCCAACUCGCUGGCGUUCAACCCCUUCCUCCUCUCCACCAUGGCGCCCGGCCUCCUCUACCCCUCCAUGUUCCUCCCUCCGGGCCGGGGGCUCAGCCUGCCCGGCUUCCCCACCGCUUCCACCCUGGCCGAGCUGCAGAGCGCCAUGGCCGGAGCGCUGGGGGGCAACAUCGUGACAAGGAACCUCCAAAGAGACGACGAGGAGGAGGGGGAGGAGGAAGAGGAGGAGGAGGAAGGGGAGAAGGCAGGGCUUAAAGCUUCGGCAGAGGAGGAAGAGGAGGGAGGAGGAAAGAGUGACUUGGCUGAGGAGGAGGAGGAUGGAGCGGAGGAGGGGACGAGAGGCGACGACUCAGCCCUGGAGGACGCAGGGAUGGAGGAGGAGGAGGAGGAGGAGGAGGCGGCGGCAGCGGCGUCUCCACAGAAGGACAAGAGUGACUGAAAUAAAAACACAAAACUGACUGGCCUUGGACAUUUCCUCUCCUCCCCCUCGCCACGUUUACACACCUCCACGCCUCCACCAGAAAAACCCAAACUAUUACCAAUCCUGUUUUGUUUUUUUUCUCCUUUUACAUUGUCGUUGAUGAUUUCUCUCACUAUUUGUUGUUACUUUUUUUUGACCAGGUAUAUCUACUACGCGUCAGAGAGAACGAGGUGUGCGUGUGUUAAGUUAAAUCUCUCUGAUGGAUAGAGUAGUCAGGGAAGAUCCUCGCAGCCGCUCGCUCAGAGCCCGGCUCCUCCUGUGUGCACUGUGAACAGUGCACACCCGCUUUUCUCCCCACCAUCCUUCCAAUAGGACUCCACACAGUUCAAGUAGUGCAUUUAUUAUUAUUAUUAAUAUUAUUAUUAUUGCUGCUUUCAGCUCUCAAAUCUUUAUUUUUGCUUCCCUUGUCGUCCGGACUGUUUUGUUGUUGUUGGCAGCAUUCUUUCUGACAUCAGUUCUCAAAACAAAAGGAAAAAAAACAGCAUUACAGCUAGGGCCCGGCUGUCUGUCUGACAAAGCUGCUGCAAAAGGAAUUGUGGGUAACUGAGUUGAUUUGAGCUGUUCUGUUUCAGAGCAGACUGUUUUUUUUUAAAAAAUAUUUUCUUCUAGUUCUCACAUAUCAGACCAGGUAGACUCUGAGGAGGAAAAGCGGACUGGACUAUAACUCAGUCUCACACACACACACACACACACACACACACACACACACACACACACACACACAGACGACCAAAACAUACUUGAUUAUUAGCUGCACACACACACACACACACACACACACACACACACACACACACACACACACACACUAACUCCUGAAAAACCCCUCUGUCAUGUGACUGUUUAGUGGGAGGACUCGCCCCCCACUGUAGCUGAUUUCAUUUUGAGCGUAUCUGCGUGUGAAUGCACGCUGAAUCAAUACUGUUGAACCCAGUCCCACACUGUUUGAAUGCCAGUCUUUCAGUCUUUCCACUGCCACGUCUGAAUCCUGUGUCUCUUUCUCUCUCUCUCUCUCUCUCUCUCUUCGAGGCGGCUGGUUUUUGUGCUCAGGAGGGGGCAGGCGGUCUGGGUCUGCUACCCAUCGGGCUUUUCCAUCGGUCCGCUUCGCGCCGCCGCCAAAAAAACCAGCCGUCCCCGUUUGGAGUUUUUUUUUCUGUGAAUGGAUUCGGAGCGGUGGUCCACACAGCGAUGUGAUGUUUCAGGUUUAUUCUUAACGGGGGGUGGGGGGCACAUUAAAUGGUUGAUUCUUUUUUUCCCGGUUGCUGCCACAUUAAAAAUCUUGUAUUUUUAUUAUUUCUUUUGUUUUUCUUCAUGUCCCGGUAGUUUCAGACCAAGUGCUGCUCCCUUAGUGACCUUCUCUUAAAAGACUGUUUCUCUAGUCACACACACUGACACCAGGCCUGGCCAGAACAGGACUGAGACACACCUGUCAACCAAGUUGGAAAUUCACUUAAGUUCCACAUGAAGUUCAACUCGAGUUUAAACGCUCGAGGAGUGCGGGCGGCGCCCGAUUCGUUUCCGUUUUUCCCCGUGGCCAGUUCGAGUGUCCGAGGCGAAUCGAGCUCGACGAGUGGUUCAAAUAUUUGAAAGUCCAUUCUCACACACACACACACACACACACACACACACACACACACACACACACACACACACACACACACACACACACACGUUGUGGCCAGGUCAUGUUAACAUUUGCUAUCACAGCCAGCCCAGCAGAUGCAGAGAGAGGGAUAGAGGAAAAAAGGGGAUGGAUGGGGGAGGGUCAGUUUUUUUUUUGCUGUCUGGAAGACACCUUCCCCUUUAAGUUCCUCGUUCUCCCUUUUAAUGCUGAGACAGCAAUAACCAAGGCAGCUUUUGAAUGUUCCAACAUCACUCUCCCCACACACACACACACACACACACACACACGCGCGCGCACACACUAUAUAAAUAACCACAAGUGUCGUAUGAAUAGAAAAAAACUAAACAAAAACUGUAAAUGAUGACAUAAGUACUGCAAUCAAUUUUGUCUCACUCUGUUCCUGUUGAUGCACUGGUGUUAAAGAGUUAAAAUAAUCAGGUACCUUUAUUACUUAGCUACUUUUUCUUGAAAAAAAAUGGACUUUUUGUUACUUUUAGCCAGCAAGCUGAAGAGCAUUACCUCAAAAUUCUUAUCUAGCCUUGAAGUUUACAGACAUACCAUGUAAAUGUUUUUUUUUCUUCUUUUUUUGAUGUUUGUCUUUUUGUUUUUUGUUUUUUGGAGACAUCAUGUAUGAUGAAUUGUAGCUAUGAUGCUUUUAAUAAAAGUGAAUCAUGAUAUUCGCCUAGGAAACCAAACCCUCUGCUUUGAAUCUGU